GUUGCCACAAUCUGUAUUUACUAUUUACUUACCUCGUCGUUUCUCGCUUGGAAAUACCACCCUCAAGUCGUGUCUUCAACGUUUGUAUGAGUUGGUCUCCGACAAGGACAACUCUCUGCUAUAAUACCAUCUUAUAACCAUCCUAUAAACAGCUUAAAAAGCGUGUAAUUCACCAGAAAGGACACUAUAACCGCACCAAAGAAGUGCAGGUUAUAUCUUAAUUAUUAAAUUAUAGGACAAUGUGAGAUAGAGUUACGUGGAUACAGCUGUACGGAAAAGAGCUGUAAGUAAUAGUUUAGUGAGGUUCAACACUACCAACAGUACAACUUACACCCUUGUUUAUUUUAAUCGUUAUAUUUCUCACGUUGCGCGUAGUCAAUUUUAAUUUUUAGAAGUGAAGAGGAAAACACGUGGUUGUUAAAAUGAAGAACGGGAAUGUUUUGUCGGUUUCGCCACCUCGACGAAUCAAUGUGGUUGCAUACUCCAAGCAUUGGAGAGUGUGUAGUGGUAUACAGAAGAUCUUCUUCUUUCUUUUAAUUUGUUGUGUCCUUUUGCUUUGCUACAUCGGUAGCAAUUGGACGACUUCAACUUCAACGAUUGAAAAAAGGCAGUUUUCAGAUAACAAUUUCAAAAAAGCCAUGUCAAUUAAAACUUUCAAAGCACUUAAACUUGCUGAACAUGAAAACAAAAUAACACUGAAAACAAGUGAAGACAACGAAAUCAGAAGACUAGAAUCACUUUAUCAGCGGAACAUAACCUUCAACUGGGACAACAAACACGGCUUUAUACCACCUAGUAAACCAGUGUUCUACAAACAUUGCUUGAGAUACCUUGAGGGAGAAUAUUCUAGUAAAGUUAGUGUCGUCAUCUCCUUUAAAGAUGAACUACUGUCUAUACUGUUGAGGACUUUGACCACUUUAGUGUUCCGAACUCCAGUCCAUCUCCUCCACGAGAUCAUCCUGGUGGACGACGGAAGCUUCCAGAACCACCGGCAGGAUGUGCUCAAACACUUUCAGUUGCUGGAUGUAGUGAUGGUGUGGUACAGGAGAAACAGCAGUGUUGGUAUCGCUAAUGCUAGACAUUUUGGGAUCAAGCAGGCUGCAGGAGACGUGGUGGCCAUUCUUGACAGCCACAUGGUUGUAUCAGAAAUGUGGCUACAACCUUUGCUUGCAACUCUGUCUCAGAAACCGAGAGGAAUAGCGGUGCCUCUUGUUCAGAUGAUUAUGGAUGAUGAAUAUGACAAGUACCACCUCUGUAAGAUAAACCCUUAUUCUUGGAAGAUGAUCAGAGGAUAUCAAGGGUUAGACUUCACUGACUUUUAUCUCAAUAAAACUGACGAAACACAACCUUAUCCUACCCCUGUGAUAGGCGGAGGUGCUAUGGUUGCCAAGACAACAACAUUAUUAGAACUGUGGCCCCGCCAAAUCUAUAAAGGUUCGUGGGGUGUGGAGAAUUUACGUCUAUCUUUGCGGGCCUGGACGUGUGCUGGGGGAUUAUGGGUCAGUGUUUGUGGGCAAAUAACCCAUCCGAACGGGUUGGAUCCUAACUUGAGUAGGUACAAUGUUAAUAAUCCGGAGAUAAAAAAGUUUAGACUUUCAGAGACAGCUGGGGAGAUUGUAAAUGUUAUGAAAAACCGUAAAGAUAGCGAGAGGUUGAUACAGUCGACCUACUUCUCUGAGCUGAGAGGUGAUAUAUUCAAAACAGCUGAACUAAUUUCAAAGUCCUUCAAUUACACUAAAUGUGAGAGGGAUUAUGAUUGGUAUUUGAAUUACGUCCACGGUACUUAUCAUUUCAAACUGUUUGAUCACCCAAGAUUCGAACAUGUGGGUGUUUUCCAAUCAGCUGCAGAACCCAACAGGUGCCUUGUUAAUAUUAUCUCAAAGAACCAAGUUGGGACCGACACAGAGUGCGGCUCGAUCACUGCCUCCUCAAACCCUGGUGUGGCUAAGAAUAUUGACAUUGCGGACCCACAUCUCAUGGGUAUAUCUGCUACCCCUCGGGGUGUUACGAUCUCUACUGAUGUAUAUUAUAGUCCUACUUGCUGGGAUGCUCACCACAGCGGAGACCAAAAGCCCAUCUCCUUCUGGACCUGUCACGUGGGAUCAGGAGAGUCCCUCCCCCAACAACAGUUUGCUUUUGAUACAGUCAACCAUCAGAUUCAACAUCUCCCUACUAAUAGAUGUGUGGAGAUGAUCAGGAAUGUUGAUAGGGUGGAGUUGAAUAGUUGCGAUGUUGAAAACGAUGAACAAAGGUGGAUUUUAUAUAGACCCUCCUGGUGGAGGGUUUGAGAUAUUUUUAUUUCACAGAUUAUAUAUUGGUUAUGUUAAUUCCAUUUUCCAUUUAAAUUGACAUCCGAAUUUAACAUAAUGUAUAACUUCACAGCACUAAACAUAAAAUGGAUUCUUUGAGACUUUGCAGCUUUUAUUCAUUUAUUUGUAGGAUUUGGAUAAUAACUGUUUUGCUUGUUUACUGUAUUAAAAAUCGAUUGAAAAUUUAUCUGC